AUCUUGUUUAAUCUCGAACCGAAAAUAGUCCAAAUAAAACAUCAAUCCGUCAAUCCUUCCCUACAAACGUUUCGCCGGAUGAUAAUUCGGCGAUAAAGUUAGCAUCUCACGAGGCUUCGAAGUUCAGCCGUUUAACACCAAAAUGCCUAGUUUUUGCUUUUCUUAUAUUUUUUGCAGGUACUAUUGUGAUUACUGUGACACUUACUUGACUCAUGAUUCUCCUUCAGUAAGAAAACAACACAAUGCUGGAUACAAACACAAGGCAAAUGUAAGGAUUUAUUAUCAAAAGUUUGACGAACAGAUAACACAGGCUUUUAUAGACCAAAGGAUCAAAGAGCGUCUUGGACAGGCAGCAACAUACCAGCAAAUUGGUGCUGCGUAUAAUCAACACCUUGCAGUUUUCCCUGGCCAAGCUCCACGCAUGCCUAUCAUGCCACCUCAUCUGCUUCCUAUUCCUGGAGCUCAAUCUUCUCACUUAGUCCCUGGAGUGAUAUCUCCCAUACUGCCUAGACCUCUUCCUGGUGCUCCAGCUUAUGCAGUUCCUCCGAUGCUCGCACCGGUUCCUGGACAUCCCCCGGGUGCACCACCAUUGCACAUGCAACCGCCUAGCAGUGGUGUGCCAAAUUCAAGUUCUGCCCCACCAGUUCCUGGUGGAGUAGCUUUGACUACUAGUUCAAGCAGUGCUCCAGCUCCUCCCCAAGCAACUUACCCGGCUAUGGCUGACCCCACAAUAAGUGCUGCCCCUGCCACUAACCCUCCUCCAUCAAGUACCUAUACUUUUGCACCAGCUACAGCUUCAGUCUGAGACGAGCAACUAACAUCAUCUCAAAUAUCCUUGGUCAAGUAGCAUCAUUCUUUUUUAAACGAGAAUCUUAGAGCCCAGAUAAUGAUUUUAUAGCAGAAGCGGUCUGUCAUAAAUAGUGAUCGAAUGAUGUUCAAAUUACUCGGAACUUUCGCUUGCAAGUGUUUUAAUUUAUUUUUAAAGUUGGCGAUGAGGAUAACCUGUUUUCUUUUUCAACAUACUAUUAAUUAUGUUGGAGAUUUUUAUGUGGGUUUACCAUUUAAGCACCGUUAGCUCCUCACU